AAAGCCUAUCUGACGUAUCUUAUGUUCAAUGGCAGGAUUUUUUAUCACAGCUGGCUGACGAGGUCGAAACAUCAUGACGGAUAAUCAUACGGAUCCAAUGUCACGUUUAUUGAAACUUGCGAAUAAAGUCAAUUGCUUUUAUCUGUCAGGGUUCCAUGCAGGCGAAUGCAGAGCCUUUGUCGUAGAUGGACAGCAAGUAGGUCUUGUUAGGCCAGAUGUGAUGAAAGAAUUAUUAAAUCAUCCACAAGUAUUUCAAGUACAUCCGGAAUAUGUACAAUUAAAUCCUGCAUUUCGAGAUUAUGCAGAAAGAAGUGCUCGUGUGGAAGAAGUAUUACGAAAGUGGAAGGCCGAUGAAAAAUUUAUUACAUUACAUGGUUGGAGAGAAGAAUAUUAUGAAGUUCGUGCUCAGUUUAAUACACAACCUUUAUUUAAAAUGGAUCGGUCUGCAACGUGUCUAUUUGGAAUUCGUAAAUAUGGUGUUGAUAUAAAUGGAUAUGUUAUGGAUCCUAUAAAAGGAUUGUCAAUAUGGUUACAAAAGCGUAGUCCUAAUAAGCAAACAUGGCCAGGAUAUUGGGAUAAUAUGGUCAGUGGUGGAUUAAGUGUUGGUUUUGGUAUUAAUGAAACUGCUAUAAAAGAAGCCGGAGAAGAAGCCAGUAUCCCUAAUAAUCUUAUUGAAAAAUUAAAAAAUGUUGGAUGUGUUUCAUUAUUCUUCGAAAGUGAAAGAGGAUUGUUUCCCAAUACAGAAUUUGUUUUUGAUCUUGAAUUGCCACCAGAUUUUGUCCCAAGUAAUAGUGAUGGAGAAGUAGAGACUUUUGAAUUGCUUCCAGUAAAUGAAUGUUUAGAAAGGAUAGCUUCUACAAAUUUUAAAACUACGUCAGUACCAGUGGUACUUGACUUUUUAAUUAGACAUGGAUACAUCACUGCAGAGAAUGAGCCUAACUUCAUACAAAUUAUGGAACUCCUUCAUGUUCCACUGCAAACCAUGUACAAUCAUCCUUUAAAAAGAUGUAAAAUUACUGCCAAUGGAGAAGCAACUGAAGCUCUAGGAAAAGUUUAGGUUUAAUUAGAUAAUUAUUUUUCUGCAUGAUUAAAGUUGUUAAGCAACUAAAUUUUUUGUUUGAUUUGGAUUGGCUUUUUAGUUUGAAUGCGUAAUCAUGUUCUUCUUUUAAACAAUCAAAAAUAUGUAUUUACCAACUAUAUUUAUUUCAUAUUUUAACUUUAUGUCUUCGCCUUCAGUAUGACAAUUUAAUUUUGUUUUCAAAAAGUUAUAUGUUAAUGUGUACUUUUUUAGGUUGAGCAUAGACUACAAAAUAUUUUAAAGAAUUAAUGAAAAUGUUAGAAAAUUAAAUUUAACUAGCAAUACGAUUUUUAUAAGAUAUGUUAACAAAUAAUGGUUUCCUUUGUUCUAAUUGGAAUUUCAGAUGAUAUGUAGAAUUUUGCUAUUUUAAAUGUUUUUAUUUUCAUAGAAACCAUUAAAAUUAAAAUAUAUAAAAUUUCAAUUUGUUCAAUAAUUGAUCGCCCACAAAUUAAUAUAUUUUAUCAACUUUCUAUGUUAUUUAUCACAAUAUCUUAAUAAUCAUUUUUAUUAAUUUUAACAUAAUCAUAAAAUUGACGUCCCUAUGUUGAUACCAAAGUGUUGUCAACGCAGCAUUCCAAUGAACAAAUUUACUAUUAACAUUUAAGUUUUAAGUAAUAGACGUUUCAAUCCUUUUUCAAAUUUAAACUGCAUUUUUUGUUCAAAAAGUAAGUCCAUGCAUAAUGCCAUCGCAGAAAAAUCCUAAUACUCCACGUAGAAUUAAGAUGAAAUCCAUUCACAGUAUUAUAAAAGUGAAUGUACGAUAUAGCAUUUUUAUAUGUCUGAACUUUGAAGGCAGUUCAUGUGCAAAUAUGUGUUCUAUACCCGGACUUUACUAUUAAUAAAAAAUGAAUAGAUUUAGCAUUUUCAUCUAACUUUUUUCAGAAAGGGAACAAAAAUAUUUGUAUUAUUUAUCAUAGAUAGUCUAGAUAGAUUUUUAAUUGAACACCAAGUACUGCUGAAAUUCUGAUCGAAUUUAUAUUAGCAAAGAAUUAUUGACUGUAUAAAUGGAAAGCACAAUUCUAUAGUAUAUUAUUUUUUUGUAUUGAUUAAAGAUAAACAUUCGUUUACAAAACCGCGAAAAUAAUUUUCAAGCAAAGUCUAUGCGCUGGAAUGUAUUGGAUAAUACAUUUGUAUGUCUUCUUAGUACACAAUUUUUUUUCAAUCAUUUAUUCUGUUACAAUUUUUAAUAGUAUUUAAAAAUUGAAUACAGUCUCAGAACAUUGUGAUUAAGAUUAACUGUUAUAAUAAAGCAUUUAUACAUGUAAAACUUUUUUUUUUUUUUUUUUAUGAAACUUUAAGUAUUCAAAAACUUUUUAACGGACAGCUAGUCACAUUUUCUUAUUGUAUUAUCAUUUAAAUCAUUUGCUGAAUGCAAAAAAAAUAAUAUAGUCUUUAUAUUAAGUCACCAUUUACAUCUUCAUAUAUUAUUGUUUUUGUGAUAGAUAUAAAUAAGCUUGGACAUAUUUUGCAGUGCAUGAAUUACCAAGAUCAACGAAAAUAUAUAAUAAAUUAAAUAUACUCUUAAUGCAUAAUAGUCGAUUCAUAACAGUUUCUUACUAUUGCAAAUUUUCUCCAACAUGGAAUAUCAAGUAAAGAAAAAGAGAUUUAUUUCAUUGCUUUUCAUUGUUUCAUAUGAGGCAGGACAAUAUUUUUACUUAUAAAUAUGUUCUAAAUAUAUCUAUUACAAUAGGAAUUAGGUGCUUUAUAUAAAUACUUGAAGUUUUGAUUGAUUUGCAUUAAAUAGAUAUAGAGAACAUAAUGUCUAUAGUAACAAAAUAAUGACCGCUUGUAAUCCUUAAGUACUAUGUGAUAUUUGAGAUGAUUAAACAGUGAAUCCAUAUUAUUCCAUUUACUUUUUAAAAUAUUACUAUUAUUUAUAUAUAAUUCUGUAUCUAGAUAUAUAUAUAUAUUGUCAUACUUAGCUUUUGUAAUAAGUUUUUUUUUAAUUGCUUAUACAACUAAUUCUUAAUUUAUAAAUAUUAUGGUUGUUAGGAAUAAAUGAUAAAUAUAAAGAAGAAAUUAAAAAAUGUUAAUGUGAAAGUAAUAUUUAUAUGUUGCUUGAUUGGAAUAUUACUUAUAUAUUUACUUUACAAAAUAUUUUGUACUUAAUUAAGUAUAUUAGUAAUAUUAAUAAUCUAAUACAAUAUAAAGAAAUACAAAAAUAUUCUAUUAUUUGAUUUUAUAUAAUUUGUAUAAUUGUUUAUAUAUAUGCACGAAAUACAUUUAUGUAUUUUUAAGUGUGUGAAUUACACAAUACAAAAUUAUAAUAAAAUCACAAUAGUUGCUGUAUAAUUCAUACACACACAUACCACACAUACAUACAUCUACAUAUAUACUUUAUACAACAAUUAUGUUGAUCAUGUGAUAUAUACAUACACAUAUACGUACAUACAUAUAUAUAUAUAUAUAUAUAAUAUAUAUAGAUUAAAAGCAACUAUUGAAUCAUGAAUUGUUUAUAAAUUGAUUCAUUAGCGAAAAAAAGAACAAUGUAUUUACGAUAAGCAAAGUUCACGACAUUAUUCCACAAUUUGUUAUUAGUCUGUAAUGACGUUAACGUUUAAUGUGAAUAUCCUUUCUUAUCAUAUAUUUUAUACCCAGCUAUAUAUAUAUAUAUAUAUAUAUAUAUAUAUAUAUAUAUAUAUAAUAUAUAUAUAAAGUGAUAAUGAUAACGAACUAAAUAUUAAAAUUAAUCGACGUAUUACUUACAUAUACAAUAUACACGUAUUAUUAAACACGUGUGAUAAUAAAAUAAAGGUUUGUAAUUUUAAGCGCGGUGCGUUUUUCGUAAGACUGGAUACAGUUAUGACUGUUUAUGAGUGUUCAUUAUUGGAUUUCACGCUUGAUUUGUACUUUCAUUGUAUAAACAUGAAGCAAGCCCUUUCGCAUGAAUAAAACGAUGAAAGUUCAAAACA